AUGUCCCCCGCCUCAAUCAAGGAUGAGCAAGACAGCGACUCCGACUCCGAUGUCGAGUUCGAGGAUGUCCCAAUGUCUCUCCCAAGCAGACCCAGGGACGAGACAGACAUCGCAAUAAGCAUCCCCUCAACCCCGCGACCACAAUGGACUCCAACUCUAUCACUCCCGCAACAGCGAAACCAACCAAUUCCGUCGGGCUCCGAGGAAGAGACCCAGCUCCGAGGCCAAAUCAGCACCGGUAUAGAGAGAGUCACGUAUCGCAAAAUGAAAUCCGACAUGGGCAUGGAUGCACCGGAUACGCCCGCUUCGGAACGCAGGUAUGAGAGCUUCAAAGAGCUCGCUGCGGAUGUGGAGGGUCUGAUUGAUACGCUCUGGGCGUCGGCAACACCGGCAAUCCAAACCGAAGCCCUCAUAACCCUAGCAGGGCUAACCCAGACCUCCCUGCCAGCUUUCCCUUUCGAUGCCCCACCAACCCUAAACAUCUUCCACAAACUCGACUCUGUCUUCGCAGCGUUGUGUACAAGCACACACCCACUUACCGGCGCCACUCUCCCAGGCGCACGGUCCGGCCAGUCUCUCGUGACAGAGACGCAGAAAGUGCGGAUCCGGAGUCUGGCGGAGAGAACUAGACAUCAAGUCUUUUCUUGUUUGGCGAAGUCGAAUGACAGAGGUAAUGCCGCUGCUGUUAGUGCCAAUGGUUAUGGUUAUGGGGAUGACGAGGAUGAGGAGAGUGGCGAUGACGUCGAUGAGCCGUGGAUGUUGGAGGCUACGCGGGUUUACGAGAAGAGUCUUAUGUUGCUUGCGGAGCAGGAUCCUUCGGGCGAAGCUGGGAUGGAUGAGUUUAACUGUUUGUAA